UUGGAUCUUGAAUGCUCUAGUGAAGCAUGGCAGGGUGUGAAGAAAGCUUUGGGUUUUACUUUAUCUUUGUACUGUUGACAUACCUGUUAUGGAUGGAUUUAAGUUUCUUCGACGAGUUAGCAGUUUAUGGAUCCAACUACAACUCAACAGUUGCUUCAAAGAUGAUGUUUCCCGUCAAAAGUGUGAAACUUCGUAUGACAGAACAUAUUGACCACUAUAUAAACUUGCCACUCAUGGAAUUAUCAGAAGAAAAACUUGGUAUUUCGUCUAUUCCUGGCAUAACUCCAAAUGUUAUCAGCGCCUUCCACUUUUUCUGCGCUGUUAUCUCCUGUAAAUUUGCCAUCUCCGAGCAUCUUGCUUUCCGUCGAAUCGGCUGUGUUAUAUACGAGUUCAGAAACCAACUAGAUCUACUUGAUGGUGUUGUGUAUAGAGCACAGGCUCACAAGAAGACUUUCGUUUCAGGCUGGGGUUCGUCAGGGUAUUUAGUCGAUGCAGCCAUGGAUUUUGGUGGAGGAYUAUUAAUGGCUUUCUCAUUAGGCGUGUUUUUACAUCGUUUUCCUCCCUUGAAAAAAGUCCGCAUACGAAAAGAUGUAGAAGCAGGAGUAGGGCUAUUAUCCGAACACUAUCCCACUAAACCAGAAAAGACGACCUAUUCCUUUGUGCAUGUAGAUCGCCGUACCAUUACCAUUACGGUACUGAUGGCUGUUAUUCAAGUGAUUGGAAGAAGCGGUUUUUGGGACCACUUUGUUCGUUCAUACCAUGAAUUACUUGAGCUUCCUAAUCCACAUUAUCCAAAGGAAUUACAAGCAGAGGUUCUUAACUACAGGAGUACUUGGCUUGUGAUGUGGCUGUGGAAAAUAUCCAGUGCAGAUGCAUUCUUUCAAUUUACCCUACUGGCCAUGUUAUUUGAUAAAUCAUGGGUUUGGUUAAAGAUGGUUUUCUACAUUGGCUGGUUCCAGAUAGCUGGUGUUAUUGCACUCUCUCAGCUUCACUUGAUGGAGGUAAGAGCAUAUUUGAAUGCUGCAGCAUUGUGAGAGAUUGGGAUUUUGGUGUUUAAAAUAUAAAGAAAAGGUAGGAUAUGUACUCAUAAAACCACAGUGGAAGAAAACAUUGUUGACUCUAACACUAUGAUGGUGAACAAAGAUGAAAUGGAAGAGUAUUGCCUAUGAUCAGUAUUCAGUUGUGCGGGAACUCAAAGUCGUUUAAAACGUGAAAAAAGGGACAUUCCUGAACUACUGGAUGCUGCAUAAAUGUACAUUAAGUACAAAAAAAAUUAAACUGAUUGAAUUGAAGACAUAUUUUUAACCAUAAGUUGGUAGCUUAUAUAUAAGGAGGAGAGUAUAGUACAGCCUGAUUACUAAUAAACUCUGGUCCUUUUUAACUCGUUGAUAAGCGAAGCGUAGAAACGAGUUACUGUGAGAGGUCUGAAUAUGCAAAUGUGUCACUCGCUCAUUAAGAUGUUAACAGAUCGAUAAUUAAACGUAUAUUGAUCGCCUUACGUCAUCUGAUUACGAACAUUUCCCGACACUAACAAGCACAUUGCUCUUAUUCAGUAUAGACUACUUUCGCUAUUUAAAUGAGGAAAUGAACUGUUGAUGUUUCAUGUGGGAUACUUCUAGCACUGUGGACCCACUCUGCACAAGCGCACACUCGCACUUAGUUUUAUCUUCGGAUUAUUUAUAUCAAAAGAAUUGAGGAAAGAUGCAACUGGAAGUAAAAUAAUACGAUUAACGCCUAAAACUAAAUUUCCAAUGAGUCAAACCUUUUUUUGCUGAUGCGAUAAAGUAAACAGAAAUGCUUAUGUAAAAUCGUCAACAUAUUUAGAUCCUCUAUUUAGAAGACUCGUGGGUAGAGCUGGACUGGACGCAUCGAAAAAAGAACUUUUCAUUAGAUUUCAAAACGAGAGUCAUGGAGUAUUAAGAAAGUUCGGCUAGUUUUGACAUCCAAAUAAGCCGUUCUGAAUUAAAAGUAGAUUGAUAGUCGGACAUCACAAACAGCCGAAGCAAUGUUCUUGUAUCUUUUAAACUGCGAAGGUACAAAUCUACUCAAUAGAUGUCGCUCGAGACUAUUAAACGAAUGAAAUUUUAAAAAAAGUAUUCUAAAGUAUUUCGCUUAGUUCACAGUGUAAAUAAAGUGUUAAUUGUAAGCGCCGUGAUGACCCUUGAAGGUCAAGAUAAGUAGUAACGCAUAAUGCAACGUUUUUCCAAUUCAUCACAGAAUUCGCUUCCAAACUCAACAAAAUAACAAAGAACUAAACAAAGUAGGUGUUAAAAGGAAAAUAAAAGGGUGACUUAUCAUCUUACCAGUUAAAUUGAGCAUUUAAAAUAUGAAAUCGAGUGAAAUACUUUAAAACCUUUGGAUGUCAACAAGCAUAAGGACACAGGGAGCCCAAUCUCUGGAAAGUUCAACUGGUAUCCACAAGUUCGCCAAAGGGCGGUUUGAUUAGACCUUUGUCCAUUUCAGACCACAUCAUUCUCUAGAGAAUAAGAUUGUUUUUUUAAGUUGUAUCCAUAUCCAUUUGUCUUCUCAAGUGCAAACAGUCAAACCAAUAUUAACCUUUGGUGAACUUGUGGAUUCAGAGAUUGGAUUCCCCUUUCAAAGUAGUUCACUUAAUUUUUUAACAAUCAAACUGGUUUAAUUGAUGAGCAAUCGUUCUUAUAUUUUUCUUUCAAUGUUUACUUAUUUUAGUUUUUUUUAAUUUGUUGUUUUGAAGCAAAUCCUGUAAUGAAUUAUUUUAUCAUUUGAGCUAGAGUCACUUGACAUUUCACUCAUUGAAAGACUAGUGUAGACGUUUAGUUUAUCAUAUUUUAUUUGAACCUGCAUCUUUCCUUGAUUCUUUAUAUAUAAAUAAAUGAUAAUAAAGCUACGUUCACCUGUGCUCAUGCUCAGUGCUAGAUAUCAUCCAACUCUUUCCACAUCCAACAGCAAAAUUCAAGUUUCAAGUAUAAUUUAAAUAAGACGAUUGAUGAUCUUUUCAAUAUCAAUCUGCAAACAUCUUAGUGAGUUUGCAUAUUCAAGCUAAUCGCCAUUACUUAUUUCUAUGCUUCACGUAUCCACCAGUUAAAAAUGACUUUAAUCCAAUAAUGUCUUAUAAAGUCUUUAAAUGAUACUCUAGAGAAUGACACAUGGUCUGAAAUGGGGAAAAUUAAAAUCUAAUAUUAUUCAGGAAUCAUGAAAUAUUUAGCUUGCUCUAGGUAAAGGAAAUGUAUAAAAAGCAAAAUAUAUAUUAGGCUCUUAGUAAACAAUAGGAACAUUUGGUAUUCAUGGAGAUGCAUUUUUCAACGGUUGACUAUAGUCAGAAGUUGGAUUACUAUCAGCAGUAUGAGUAACAAAUGCAUUUUACUUUUACUCUUUUUCUGUGGUUUACAUUUGAUUCUUGAUUGACUUCAUAAAAUAGGCUGUGGCUAAUGCCCAUGUGGGAUGUAGUCUUUCACUGUACUUGAAUCACUAAAGGGGUACAUGCAGUAUAAGGUCAGAACAGACACCUGCAAUGACAAUUGCAGUAGAGGUAUUUCUCUGAGCCAAACAUUGUAUUAUUACUUGGAGGGAAGUUUCUACACAUGCUCGAUACUGAUUUGGAUGCUGAUUUGGAUGCUUUACAGAAAACUUGAAAUAUCUGUUGACAUACUCCACAGAUCAAUCUUGUACAUUGGAAAGCAAAAUAACUGUAAUCAUAUCUGGUCAAAAUUAUCUUGGGACUUUUUCCACUGAAAAUAGGUGAAAGGGCUUUUGUUGCUUUUUACUUGAAAACUUACGAAAAAUUAAUGAGAUUUUUAUUGUCAUUAGUGAUGCAAGAUCAGUAAUUUGUUAUGAAAACUAAAGCACAAACACUAAAUCCAUGAAAUAAAGUCAAAUUGCCUCCUGUAUGUUGAUAUAUUGACUUGGUGAGCGAAUACAAACUAUUAUGCAGUAACAAUUGAGUUUGUAUAUGAGAAUAUAUAUAGACUAUAUAUUUGUACAGUGGUCAUAAUUGAUUUUAUUUCUUGGAUUUUAGUAUUUGCUGCACUAUAAUUAUGUUGUACAAUAGACUAUUUGGAGGUAUUACUGUGCGGACUCACUAACUGGGACUACUUGAAGAAAGUUUAACCAAAUUCAUUACAACAUAGAGUAAAGACAAAGUUAUCAAAAUUAGUUGAACUUGAGCCAACCUGAGAAAUACUUAGAUCUUAUUAACGAUCGUGGGAAUGAGAGAUUGUGUCUGGCCGAGAUCAAUAUUAUACUGAUUUGGGAGGUAUUAUAUUUAUGUAAUAGGUCUCCAUGCUGUGCAAUUGUAGGCUGUCUAUUUUGGCAGUCAGAAGGAUUUUUCAGGUCUAAUUAUUUCUCAAUUGGAUAGCACAGAGUCCUAUUACCUAUUGAUUACAUUUCUAUCUAUUAAUCCAUAUAGGUAAAUAAUGUCCAAUUAAGAAAAUAAUUGGACAGUUACCUACAUGGGAUUAAUAGGUAGCUAUACAAUUAGUCAAGUAAGAGAAGGGGAAAAGUCUUAUCUGUUUCUGCAUGCUUCCCUCUUCUCACUAUUUUUGUGAACAUUGAGAGCCUUCUAGUAAAGAAUUAUGAAAUGAUUUGUUGUUUUAUUAUAGUGAUCUUACUUGGCCGAAAAAAGUAAGCAUAAUAUAUAGUAAUAGACAUAAAUUCCUUUGUUUUAUUUCACAGGCCAAGUAAAAUCACUCGUAGUGCUUAUAAUUAACACAUUUCACUUUAAAUUGGUAUUAUGAGAUAAAAACUUUUGUCACAAAUAAAAA